ACAACAAAAACAACAACAGAGCUCAGCUGUUCGGAGCUAACUAGCCGGCCUGGCUGCUCGGCGUCUUCUCAGCGGUUUGCCGUCGCUUUGUAUCCACAGCAGAGGUUUUAGCGCUGCUAAUGCGCCCGGCUGUGAAGGCGCGUUUAUAAAGCCUUCAGUUAUGCGUCGCAGUUGGGUUUAAUUUUAACCCCCUUUGUCUUCCCAGCUCUGGAUCGAGGGAGCCUGCUCGGCGUAAAGGUAACCGCCCGGACUCUUGUUUCCGUAACGGCGCAAAAACAAGUGCACAGUCUCCGCUGCAGCGCACAGACUAUUAAAGUGUGCGGAAACUGGCCGGUUACACUUGAGGGAAGCUGCGAGCGAAUAACGGAGCGGUCAAAGCGCCGCCGCUCAUGUUACACCGGCACGUUUGAGCCGCGCUGGAACCGCACACCUGCGCGCGACCUGAAGGUUUCUAACGUUACAAAAACCUCCAGGUUGUUGCGCUGUGAGUUCACAGGAGAAACACUAAAGCUGCACUUUUCUUCUUUUCUUGGAGUCCUUUCCCCUUCAGGCAACCUUCUGCUGAUUGGCUGCCCUGAGCAAACAGGAGGUUUGAGCGGCAGGCACUGAUGCAGCAAUGUUUAAGGCAGAGUCUGACCAGAACGCCACCCGGUGGAGACUCUGACCUCCACCAAUGACCACGAAUAUUCUUUCUUCAUCGUUCAUCAUGUCGCCACGAAAGAGAACCCUCGUCCCGGUGAGCAGCCGGCGGAAAGCAGCGGACGACUACUUCCCCUUCAACUUCCUGCCGGUAGAGUGCCAGCUGCACGUCCUGUGCUUCCUGAACGAGGUGGAUAAGUGCAGCUGCGCUCUGGUCUGCCUCAGCUGGAGCCGCCUCGUCCGCUCGUGGAAGCUGUGGCGGGUGGCCGACUACUCCCGUCGCGUCGGCUUCCAUCUCGGUCAGGAGGGGCUCCUCGUUUCCAACCGGGAGUUUGAAAGAUGGAAAUCGUGGGUCCACCAUUACACCUACCACCUGAUCUCGCGCCGGGCCAGCCUGCUGACGCUGAGGGCCAGCUUCGACCUGGGGGAUCGCUGCAACAAGUGGGGCGAGCUGCUGAGCCACCUGCUGGAUAACGUCCACUGCAGGGACCUCAGCCACCUCGACCUCAACUGGACGUUUACUCUUCUGGAGCCGCUCGACCUCAGGGUCCACUCCAGCUCCAGUUCACACCAGGACAGCAUCACCAAAAUGGACAAGGUGACUCGCUUCCAGGAGCUGCUGAGCAAACUCACCCAGAGCUGCCCGCGCAUCUCAAAGAUGCGCCUGCAUUUUGACUGGUCGGAUUUGUCCGUGUCGCUGCUCACUCAGUUCCAGCAGCUCAGAGUCCUCGAGCUCAAAUACUUCUGGGUCUUUAAAUGUGUGACUCCCUCAACGCUGCACAUGCUCAUCAAGUCCCUGCCUAACCUGAAGUCUCUGACUCUAAACAUCGUGGUGCCGCUGAGGAACCUCGGCAUCUCCUACACCCUGGAGUCUCAGUCUCUGGAGUUUUUGGACGUGUCUCCCAGCCGAGGCUUGGUCUUCUCCUGCCUCAAGCUGCCGACCCUGCGUGAACUUCGAGCCAAGAAGGUGGUCCUGCGUGUCACGCUGGACCGCAGGACCAGGCUGCGGAUCCAGAGCCGCUGGCCCUGCCUGUACCACGUCCUCCGGGAGGGGACGCCAAAGCUUCAGGCUCUGAACAACGAGAGGCUCCUCCCCACGUGGAGAGACGAGCGUUACGGGGAGCUAACUGCUAUCCUGGAGCAGUCCUGUUACUGUGUUCAGCAUCUAGACAGCUGGCUGUGGUAGUCAAACAGUUUAUGAAGUUCUUACAUUUAUCAGUUGGUAAAUUCUAUAAAGAAGCUAAAUGUUGUUUUUACACCAUGUUUUUACAUUUUUUUUAUUAUUAUUAUUUGAAUGAACUGAAGACUCAG